GGUGGCGGCGGCGGGGCGAGGCAUUCGCGGCUGAAGCGCUCGUGAAGGGGCGGCAGCGAAGUCGUCCAUGGCGGCCGGGCAAGGCGGAGGCGGCGCGGCCGGCGGCGGGGGUCCCGGCUCAGGCUCGGGCCCCCCGCCCGCCUCGGGCCCGCCGCCGCCCCUCCUCCCUCCCCCACCGCCGCCGCCCCCCCUGCCGCAGCCGCCUCCCCCGCCGCCGGCCUCGUCGUCCUUCUCGUACCCGGAGCAGCAGGGCCCCGGCUCGGGCUUCCUGGGGCUGGGCUUGCCGGCCCACUUCACCCUCUCCUACCCGGGCACGGGGCCUGCCUGGGGCGGCGCGGCCUCCUCCGCCUCCUCGGCUUCGCCGCCCCUCUCCUCGUCCCCCUCGGCCUCCUCGUCGGCGCCUCAGGCGGGCCGCAGCCUGGAGAAGGCCCUGGAGGAGGCCGGCAGCUCCGGCGUCCUCUGCCUCAGCGGCAGGAAGCUCCGCGAGUUCCCCGCUGCCGCCCCGGGCGCGGGCUGCGACCUCAGCGACACCACCCAAGCCGACCUUUCUAAGAACAGAUUCACUGAAAUUCCUCCUGAUGUAUGGCAGUUUGCACCACUUGAGACGUUGAACUUGUAUCACAACUGCAUUAAAUCUAUCCCCGAAGCAAUUAAAAAUCUGCAGAUGUUAACAUAUCUCAAUAUCAGUCGCAAUCUUUUAUCAACUUUGCCAAAAUACCUGUUUGAACUGCCGCUUAAAGUUUUGGUUGUGAGCAAUAAUAAGCUUGUGUCCAUUCCUGAAGAAAUUGGAAAGUUGAGAGACCUAAUGGAAUUGGAUAUUAGCUGCAAUGAGAUUCAGGUCCUCCCCCAGCAAAUAGGAAAACUACAGUCACUUAGAGAAUUAAAUUUAAGACGAAAUAAUCUCCAUAUGCUGCCUGAUGAACUAGGAGAUCUUCCCUUGGUAAAACUAGAUUUCUCUUGUAAUAAAAUCACAGAGAUUCCAGUCUGCUACAGGAAGCUACGCUAUUUACAAGUAAUAAUUUUGGAUAACAAUCCAAUGCAAUUACCGCCAGCUCAGAUAUGUUUAAAGGGCAAAGUACACAUAUUUAAAUUCCUCAGCAUUCAAGCAUGCCUCAGAAUAGAUAAAAAGCCGGAUUCCUUGGAUCUGCCAUCCCUGGGUAAACGAAUCCCCUCUCAGCCACUCACAGACAGUAUGGAAGAUUUUUAUCCAAAUAAAAACCAUGGCCCAGACUCCGGCAUUGGUAGUGAUAAUGGGGAUAAAAGAUUAUCCACAACAGAACCAUCUGAUGAUGACACAAUCAGCCUUCACUCUCAGGUAUCGGAAUCGACAAGGGAGCAGACCCUCAGGAAUGACAAUCAGUUACUAGGAAAUAAAGCUGAAUUGCAUAAAGACCCAGAGGUCUGUGAUUACCUUGACCCCAGCUCAGAGGAUGUGGCUUCUUGUGACCAAGGAGAUGUACAAACUGGACCACCUAUCUCUUACAUUAAGGAGCGAGGGAAGCAGACUGAGAAGUCUCAGGCACCAGAAAGGCAUGAAAACUGGGGAGAUGAGAAAAGGGUCCAGAAAGAAGAGCUGUUGGCAGAGGAGGAGGAUGAAUUGAAGGAAGUGACUGACCUAAGGAAAAUUGCUGCCCAGCUAUUGCAACAAGAACAGAAAAACAGACGGAGGCCAUUAAGCUAUAGAACUUCAUUCAGUGAAAAGCUCUUCCAGAGGACAAGGGCUGCGGGACGCGCCUCAAGACUUCUUAAUCACUCCACCUCGGCAAGCACAAGAAACCGACCAAAACAGACUGUGGAAUCAGAAAAAAGCCUUUCAGCAGAUGAAGCAAACUCUCCAUCAUCCCCAUAUGGCUGGCAGUCGCUGGGGAAUCAAAAAGACCAGUCGGAUGAGCAGCACUGGCCAGACAUGCAGCCAAUUAUCUGGCAGAAUGAGGAGAGGAGGCGGAGCAAGCAAAUCAGAAGAGAGUAUUUCAAGUACAAGUCUUCUCGGAAGAGUUCAAGUGGAAAUGAAAUUGACGAGCAAGACAGUGAUAAUACUAAUGUGUCCCCACAGUCUCCUGUGUCGUCCGAGGACUAUGAAAGGGCAGAUGGCAGUUCUCAUGGUCCAUUUGGACUGAAGCCCAGAUCAGCUUUUGGCCGUUCCCGUCAGGACUACAGUACUGUAGACCCUGGAUUCACAAUGAGAAGGAAAAUGGAGCACUUAAGGGAAGAGAGAGAGCAAAUAAAGCAGCUGCGCAAUAAUCUCGAGUCACGGUUGAAGGUCAUUUUGCCAGAUGACAUCGGAGCAGCAUUGAUGGAUGGCGUGGUUCUGUGCCAUUUAGCCAAUCAUAUAAGACCUCGAUCUGUUGCCAGUAUUCAUGUCCCCUCACCAGCUGUGCCUAAACUCAGCAUGGCAAAGUGCCGAAGAAAUGUUGAAAACUUCCUUGAUGCUUGUAAAAAACUGGGUGUCCCACAGGAAAGACUUUGCCUGCCUCAUCAUAUUUUGGAAGAAAGGGGUCUUGUGAAAGUUGGACUUACAGUACAGGCUCUUCUUGAGAUACCUUCCUCGAAAGCAUCGCAGCUUUCCUGCCUGUAGAAAGACUCUCGGAGAACCAGCAUUUUGCCAUGAUGAUGUGUGUGGAUGUGGAUUGAUCCCAGCCAGUUCCACUUCCUCCAGAGGAACACUCCAAGCCAUCAAAUCUUUGCGGGCCAAAUGCGUUAGACAAAGCCUUCAUGUCAAACUGACAGUUACCCAGAGUAGGAAGGAACUGUACUGCUUGCUUGACUGUCUAAUUCAGAGCCAUGAGAGAUUUUGAGAUCAUCAGAUUCUCUUUCCAGGUAGUACAUGUACUGAGUUCUCCCAUUAUCACUUCAAGAUGUCUUCUUGUUUCAUUAUUAUUUAAAGCAAACAAACAAAACACUGCCCUGUUAGGCCUCCUUGGAUUUGCAGCACUCAUGAGACACAAGUACACAGCUUUAGAGAGAGAUGUGUCAGGGAGUUCCAACCAAUUGUUGGCUCAUUGACUACGCAUUUUUAAAAACAUGCAAUUGUCUCCCUCAGUUGCUGCCAUUUAAGUGCACUCCCUACAGGUCCACAUUAAAAACUUUGUAGGAGGACAGCUCUUAAAUAUAAACUUUCCACUAAAAGAAGCUUCUAUCAUUUGUAUCUAUGUUGCAGAACACAUCACUACAACAUGGUGGCAGAAAUCUGGAUGGUCAAUCAUGUAACCCAUCUUUACCAGUUUCCAAAAGAUUUGUGCUCCUCAUCUCGUGCACGUCUUACUGUUGUACCAUCCAGUAAUCUAGUUGUGCGUGGGGGAGGGGGGGAGAGGAUGAUGAUAGUAUACACUAUAAAGGACAAAUGGUGUGGGGUUUUUUCAGUAUUAUAGGUUGGUGCCAAAAUAUUUUUUUUAAGUUGUACUGUAGAUUGUUUACAUGUGAAGUGCCUGUGUAACUGAUAACUCUUUUACUAGUCUUAAAACAUUUUUGCAAUUCUUUUGGCUCAAUAGAUGCAAUGCGUAUUUUUAAAUACUAGGUUUUUUGUAAGGUUGGUAAUAUGUGAAGUUUAAAGGACUAACAUCUGAGUGUUGGAUGUUCUUCAGUUUGCACAGUUUGAAUUUAUUAGGUUUGAUUUUUUUUUUAGGGGAGAAAAUGUAAAUAUACUUUUAUUUAUCAUAUUUAAUUUGAUACUUAAUCACUUUUUAAUGUAUUGUUGGACAAUGGAUGUCCCUUUUUAAAUUAUUUUCCAUGUCUGGGACUAACAAUGACAUAUAGAAUGAUUUAAAUAAGUUGUAUGGAAGCUUAAGAGUUAAGGAUGUUGGGGUUAAACUGCCAAAAAAAAAAAAAAUCUCAGGUUUAUAUUGUGACUGUCAGGAUAUCACAUCUUGCUGACUGUUACUUAAAAAAAAAAAAAGAGGAAAUGCCAUAGAGUGAAACCGAGACUUGGAAUCGUUCAAUUUCUCAAUGUUUACAAAAUGAUUGAACAGCUUGCUGGUUUAGGGCAUUGAGCGAUUUCCUCUGCACUGUAUGGUCAGUAAUCCUGGGCUGCCAAUCAGUUUCUCAGCACGGGCCACUCUGUGCCCUGCUUUGCUUAUCCUGAUGCUUUUCUCCCACCAUUUUGCUGUUGAGGUAAAGGGCUGUUGUGAGCACCUGCUGGGCCCAGAAGGAUAAGAAGGGGGAUGGAGUGAAGUGCUGUACCCCGGAGAGAGCAGUGUCCAGCCAUGCACCACAGGAGGGGAUGAGAUGCUGGCCUGACUCCGCAGCUGUGGUUGGUGCUGCAGGCCCAGGGUAAUGCUGCCUCUUCUACCAAUGCAGGUUGCCGCGGUAUGUUGCCGUCUAUGCCCUUGCAGUAAAAACAGAUUUUGCAUCUCUGUUGCUGAUCACAAGGGAGUCAACCAUGCUCUGCCUUUGGGAACCGUUGAAGAUCAGUCAGGCAACCAGUCUUUGUUUUUUUCUUUCAAGCUUAAGAGCUUCUCCUGCUUUGCCCAACAGUGUGGUGAGAGUGACAGAAAAAUACAAAUUGCCAUGCCUCUUGAAUUAACCUUUCAGUUUGCUAUUUCCCAUCAUGUGCAUUUGUAUAGAUUAAGUAGAUGAAGCCAAACUUCUUCUUGCCUGUGCAACAUUCACAUAACCUGUUUCCUCACCCUUGUCCAAAUUAUUCUGUUCAUAUUUAUUUGCUACCGAAAGAACUUCCUGUCAAGUGAAGUGUCGGUUGUAGCUGUGCAUAGUUCAGUUUGCAGGGUGGGUUGGGGUUGCCACCCAAACUGUGGGGGAGGGGGUAUGUGACCUGUGUAUUUUCACCACCCCACACUUUUGUGUGGGUCUUAAACACAGGGCAGAUUUUGUAGAGGUCGUUUUGGCCAAAUGAAAAGCACAAUAAACUGUAUCAUAAUUUUUAAAAAUAGAGCAAGAUUUUUGUUAGAUGAAACUACAGACUUAGCUUUCCCUAUAACUCCCCCCCCAAACACACAAAUGUUUCAAAUGUUAUAUAUUUCAGUUAACUUUGCGUAACAUGUGGCCCUGAUUCAUGUUUGCAACAGGAGUUAGUGCUUGUAUCUUCUUUCUUACCCAUCCACCCCGCCCCCAGUUGAUCCAUGUUUGAAUCAUAAGCCAUGUCAGUGCAGCUUAGUAAAAAAGGCUGAGGAUCAGCUGGGCACAAAAUGAGCCAGACCCCAACAUAGGCAGGGCAUUGUGCCCCGUGAUCUUUGAGUGCUGUCAUCUCUUUCUGGACAUUGCACCCUCCCCUGCUAAAUUGAGGCCCCUCUUCUUGGCUGUUUGUCACAAAUAAGGGGCAGGAUCCCAAACUUACUACUGCACGACGCCAAAUGUAUUUCAGACUUGUGUUGUUGCUUUGAAUUGCCACCCAUGCUAUAUGUCAGAGGUGAAAUUCCCUUUGUUUUCAAAAAUGGUUGGCACCUAGCCUAGAUCUGGUGUGCUGACACUGGCAAGCUGGAGCACUCUACACUCUUCAGGCUCAAAGUGGACGAUGGUUUAGAUUACCAGGUAAUGGGUGGACAGUGGCAUUCUCCCCUUAAGAGUGAUUGUUUUUCUAAGGGUGUGCUUCCCAUAUCCCCAGCUAGGUCAAAUCUGCUGGCUUCCAACAUGUAAAGGUGUGGCAUAUCUGAAUUUCUGAGCAGAGUAUCUGGCAGAAGUGUCCAACAGACACAUUCUGUUUCCUGGGUAUAGUACUAGCAACUUGCCUUGAAAGGAGUUCGCAGUUCUGAAACAAAAAUUCUUCUUAUGGGCUGUAGACUCAAUCCAGCGGAAUUGAUCAGAACUGUGUUUGGAGACAAAUACCGCCAGCUUAAACCGGUGGGGAAACUGUGUGAAUUGCAACACCUUUCCUCAAGGGACUUUGUGAGCUGUAGCCAUAGUGCUAGGAGGGCACUGCCCCACUAUCAUUCUCAGGACUACUUGGAAGCAUUGCUGUUUUAAACUAGGGCAUGGUUGCUGUAAAAGCUUGUAAGAAGCAGCCUUGAGUCACCGACACAAAAAACCCUGUUGCCUCACUCUCGAAAGCAGAGUUAAACGGUGUGCCCACAUGCACUUGGUAUAAGUAUUUAGGAAGUGUAAUGUUUUCUCUAAGUGGAGCUGGUAUUGUAAAUGGAGCAUUACAGGCCCUGUUGUAAGCCCCACCCCACCCCCCGCAUUAAAAUGCAAUUAUCAGGUUUUACUAAAAGUAUAUAGGAAUAUCUCCUCCUGUGUUUAGAUGUAUUAUUAUUCCUUUGUUUGGAAUGUUCCUUUUGUAGGCAUUACGAUUUUUAUUCCUUUUAAAUGAAGACAAGAUUCACUUUGACAGAAGAGGAGAUCCUGUCGCUUAAGAGUAAGUUAAAGUAUAGAUAUGUAAAAUCCUUACUACAACUCCCCACCCCACUCAAGGAAGUAUGAUAAAUUAUGCAGAAUCAUAGUUCUUAAUUGGAGGGAAUGGGUGGGUUAUAAAUUCCUUCCCUUGUUGUUUGUUGAAACAUACCGAUUGUUACCUGUCCCUGAUCUUGCUGACUCAUCUGCUCAUGGAACACAGAUUUUGUUAGUUCUCCUAGGGCCAGUUUUCAGUCAAUUUUGUUUCCAUAUGAUUCCUGUGCACUCUCUGUGCAGAGAAUAUUCAUGAGGUAUGCACAGGGCUUCCUGGGAAUUCAGAGGCUGCUUCUUGGGGUUGAUCCUCAGUGGUUGAAAAAUUUCCAGCCACAAUCCUGCAGAGCCCCCAAUUCAUACGCUCACUUCUCCAUGUGAGCGUGUCCCUGUUGAGUCAAACUCCAGAUGUGUUUGUGUAUAACUAUGAAAUGUUGAUUUCUCUUGUAUUCCUGAACUCUUCUGGAAACGAAAGAAUUAUGAUGCGCCUCCAUUGGACCACUAACCUUUUUGUGAAAUGCAAAUAGACACACCCUACAAAAGGACUGCUGGAUUUGGGUGGGUUUAAUUGCAAAGAUUUGCAAACUCUGGUGGUGUCUGUUGAAAAACCACCUUCUUUUUUUUAAAGCCAAACUACUUCUUGGUAGUUCUCACGUGUUAUAACAUUUUCUUUCCAACGAAUCCAGCAACCAGAACCAAACUGAUGGCAGCUGCUUAUCUAAAGUUGUGCAAAACUGACUAGAAUUUCAGUAGUCUGGAAAGGAACUAAGCAGGUGGACGAGGCGACGCUUUCCCCCCUGUGUAUAUAUUGCCAUAGUUAUUCGACAUUGCGUUUUAAUGCAUUCUGCAUCCACAUUCUGUAGAAGGCUUUUUCUUGUUAUAUAGGUCUCUUUCCAACACUUCUUUUCAGGACUACUUUAUUGCUGGAGCUUCCAACAAAUGUAUGUUCGUUGGCAACAGUCCUGCUGUUUAGUCUUCUUUUGUAAAUAGUUUUGUAUUGAAUCUGCAUGAAUAAGACCCACAUGUCCAAAACUGAUGUACAUAUUCUAUGUAUAAAAUGCAAACUCUUUCAUAAUU